AUGAGGAAUCAAACCGAAGUGACAGAAUUUAUCCUCUUGGGUCUUUCCAGCAGCCCAAAGAUGCGCAUUGUUCUCUUUGGGAUUUUCUCUGUGGUCUACAGCAUCACACUAGCUGGCAAUGGGAUUUUCUUGAUGCUUAUUUGGCUGGAUUCUCAACUCCACACACCCAUGUAUUUUUUCUUGAGCCACCUCUCUUUUGUGGACAUCUGGUACACAACCAGUACUGUUCCUCAGAUGCUGUCCAAUCUCUGGAGUCCAAAGAAGACCAUCUCAUUUGCUGGCUGUGGGGCUCAGAUCUACCUCUUCCUGGGCCUUGCCAUCACGGAAUGCGUGCUCCUUGCCGUGAUGGCCUACGACCGCUUUGUAGCAAUAUGUCACCCUCUGCGCUACACACUCAUUAUGAACCCUAGAGUUUGUGUCAUGUUGGCGGUGUCAUCUUGGAUGUGUGGCUUCCUCCUUGCCAUGGUGCACACAGUUCAGACUCUGCAGAUGCCUUACUGUGGCCCAAAUGUCAUUGACCACUUCUACUGUGACAUAUUGGCUCUGCUGAAACUGGUCUGUGCUGACACUCGACUCAACGAAAUCAUUGUCUUUGUGGUUGGCGUCCUCAUUCUUCUGUGCCCCUUCUCCUUCAUACUCACCACAUACGUCCGCAUUCCUAGCAGCAUCUUGAAGAUCCGUUCUGCCGAAGGCAGGCGCAAGGCUUUCUCCACAUGUGCGUCCCACAUGGCUGUGGUGGCACUGUUUUAUGGAACUGCUAUGUUCAUGUACAUGAGGCCUGGUUCAAGCCACUCUGCAGAGCACGACAAAAUGAUCUCCUUGUUCUAUAGCGUUGUCACUCCCAUGUUCAACCCCAUGAUUUAUAGUCUAAGGAAUAAGGAAGUAAAGGGGGCAUUGGUGAAAGCGCUACAGAGGUGCAAACCCUCUCACGGAGCAUGA